CACUGCAAUACAUCAUUAUUUCCCCACUUAUCCAUUUCGACCCCUCCAUUCAUUUUCUGUAUGUGUUGAAUAAUUAGUAUUUCCCCCCAUCCAGCUUAUUAUUCCAUUCUUAUCCUACCGUCCAUCCCAACUCUUUUCUUUCUCUUUUCUUCUCUUCCUUCCUUCAUCCCCCUUCUCCUCCUCCUCCUCCUCCUCCUCCUCCUCAAGCUCCUGCUUCCUCCUGUUCUUGUUUCUAUCAUUCUAUCCCUUCCCCCUCUUCACAAGACAGGUUUGAUUGAGUCUUUGAUUUAACGUCGCCAUCAUGAGUUCCACAGAUAUUGACCAAUUGGCCAUCAACACCAUCCGUCUUCUUGCGGUUGAUGCUACCUUCAAGGCUAACUCCGGUCACCCCGGUGCCCCUAUGGGCAUGGCCCCAGUGGCCCACGUUCUCUGGAACAAGUUCAUGAACUUCAACCCCAAGAACCCCGACUGGGCUAACCGUGACCGUUUUGUUCUCUCCAACGGCCACGGCUGCAUGCUCCAAUAUGCUCUCCUCCACCUUUUUGGAUACGCUCUCACCAUGGAUGACCUGAAAAACUUCCGUCAAAUUGACAGCAUCACUCCCGGUCAUCCUGAGGCCCACGAUACCCCCGGUGUGGAGGUUACCACUGGUCCCCUGGGUCAGGGUUUCGCCAACGCUGUUGGUCUGGCCAUUGCUCAGGCCCAGACUGGCGGUACAUUCAACAAGCCUGGCUACAGCCUCUUCAACAACUACACAUACUGCUUCUUCGGUGAUGGCUGUGCCAUGGAAGGUAUUGCCAGCGAGGCUGCCUCUAUGGCCGGUCACCUGAAGCUCGGGAACCUGAUCUGUAUCUAUGACGACAACCAUAUCUCCAUUGAUGGCGACACCAAGUGCGCCUUCACUGAGGACGUCACCAAGCGCUUUGAGGCCUACGGCUGGCACGUCGUCUGGGUCAAGGAUGGUGACCACGACGUCAAGGGCAUUGAGGCCGCUAUCAAUGAGGCCCAGUCCGUCACCGACAAGCCCACUAUGAUCCGUCUGACCACCACCAUUGGUUUCGGUUCCAAGCUCCAGGGUACUGGUGGUGUCCACGGUAACCCCCUCAAGGCCGACGACAUCCAGAGUGUCAAGGAGCGCUUUGGCUUCGACCCCGCCCAGAGCUUCGUCGUUCCCCAGCAGGUCUACGACCUCUACCACAAGCACGCCGCUGAGGGUGCUGCCAAGGAGCAAGAGUGGAACCAGCUCCUCCAGAAGUAUGCUGCCGAGUACCCCAAGGAGCACGCUGACCUGACCCGUCGUCUUUCUGGCAAGCUCCCUGAAGGUUGGGAGAAGUCCCUCCCCGUCUACAAGCCUACCGAUGCCGCCGUUGCUUCCCGUAAGCUCUCGGAGGCUGUCCUUGAGAAGAUCCAUGACGUUGUUCCUGAGCUGCUGUCUGGCUCUGCUGAUUUGACUGGCUCCAACAACACCCGCUGGAAGAAUGCUGUCGACUUCCAGCCCCCUGAGUACGGUAUCGGCGAGUGGUCCGGCCGCUACCUCCGCUAUGGUGUUCGUGAGCACGCCAUGGCCGCUGUCAUGAACGGUCUUGCUGCCUACGGCACCGUCAUCCCCGCUGCCGGUACCUUCCUGAACUUCGUUUCCUACGCUGCCGGUGCUGUCCGUCUCUCCGCCCUCUCCCGUGUCCGUGUUAUCCACGUCGCUACCCACGACUCCAUCGGUCUGGGUGAGGAUGGCCCUACCCACCAGCCUAUUGAGACCCUGGCCCACUUCCGUGCUCUGCCCAACUGCAUGGUCUGGCGCCCUGCUGAUGGCAACGAGACCAGCGCUGCCUACUACUCUGCUCUGACCUCCAAGCACACCCCUAGCAUCCUCGCUCUUACCCGCCAGAACUUGCCUCAGCUUGAAAACUCCACCAUUGAGGCUGCUCUCAAGGGUGCUUACGUUGCUGUCGAGACUCCUAACGCUCAGGUUACUCUCAUCUCUACUGGUUCCGAAGUCGGCAUCUGUAUCGAUGCCGUCAAGGAGCUGCAGAAGCAGGGUGUCGCUGCCCGUGUCGUCUCCGUUCCUUGCUUCGAGGUCUUCGAUGCUCAGGAUAAGGAGUACAAGCUCAAGGUGAUCCCCGAUGGCAUCCCCGUUCUGUCCGUUGAGGCUUGCUCCACCAUGGGUUGGGAGCGCUACUCGCAUGAGCAGUUCGGUCUGAACCGCUUCGGUGCCUCUGGCCCUUACAAGAAGGUCUACGAGAAAUUCGAGUUCACCCCCGAGGGCAUUAGCAAGCGUGCCAUUGCUACCAUUAACUUCUACAAGGGAUUCCCUGUCCGCUCGCCCAUCAACCGUGCGUUCCAGCAGAUCCUGUAGACGUCUCGCCCUAGCAUCAUGAUUCUCGCGUUUCUUAUGUCAAUGACUUGUUAUUUUCUUAUGUGCGGGUAUGGGUUUAUGGGAUGAGGGACACGGUCCCCUGUCGGAGACAACUCCAAAGGGAUAGAUUCCUUAGUUUAAUGGUCCUACGAAUUUCCUUUUGAGAAGAACAAAAAUCAUCCGCCAGCAUGCCGGUUUGGUAAGACAUUUCUGGUAGAUUUACACAAAGAUGUGCAUAAAAAGAAUACCACCUUUCGUUCAAUUAAUUUUCGUCCAUUCUUU